AUGGCCGAGUACACGGCCGAGACAGAGCACGCUCUCCGAGAAGCGGGUUGGACACCCAGACGCAAGGUCGGUACAAGUGACAUGCGACACCAACUGGAGCAGUGGGGCUUUACCAUGAGCGAGACGGCAGAGCGCUUCCUCUCCGAAUUCUCCGGCCUUGUGUUCCCAUAUAACGGCCCGGGCAUCACCCGUGCCCGCGAGAGGAUCGAGUUCAACCCACUGCUUAUCGGGGGCGAGGAUGAUAGAUGUGCUGUCUGGAGUGAGGAUAUUGGCGAGAUCCUCACCCCUAUUGGAGAGUUGGCUCGGCAGUGGGACCUCGCUAUCUCCGAAUCUGGGGAAAUUUUUACAGUGGCGGACACGCUUGACUCCUUUGGCUCGGGCGAGGAAGCCCUGGAGAAUUUGAUUCUUGGUGUCAUGCCACGAGACAUUUCCCUCAAAAUUGUCGAUGAAGCAGAAUCUUCAAAAACUGGAUGA